CUCAUCCCUGGUAACACCAAAAAAAGACUCAUCCCUAGCCAGUAUGUUUUGACUGAAAAUACUAAGUGAAAAUCCUAGGAAGUUUGUGACAUGGAGAGAUCUAGUAGCAUACCAACAUAUCCAGCUGUUUCUGUAUUUGUUGUUUCUUUCAGUGUCUUGGUUAGUAUGGUGUUUGAUUGCCUCAUUUCUAUAACAAGGAGGCCUAGUAGUAAGUUCUAUCUUGUAGGGAUGGCUAGCUGACUUGAUUUUGCCAACUCUUGCAGCCAAGUAGCCCUGCGAAGUUCUGCGAUGAAUGUGGUGCUCCUUAUUUGAGAGAAACUUCAAAGUUCUGCUCUGAAUGUGGCACAAAGAGGCUGGGAACAUGAGCGAAUGACGCGGUCUGUACGUGGAAUAAGAUUCUUCCCAUGUAAAUUUUUCUAGUGGCUGUUGUAGUCAUUCAUUGUCUAGUAUAUUGGUUAGUUUGAUGAAGCGAGAGAGAGGGCAAGGGUCAAGGGCUGUGGCUUAGGGACUUUUACCUUUUGUUGUAGUCCGUUCGGGCUUGAUAUAACGUCGAUGAUUCUCUGUCUUCAGCUUUUCGUGCUCUAGGCGCAAUUACUCUGUAAUCUAAGAGGUUGAUUGAAACCGAAGUUCUAAGAUGCUAAGAAAUUAAUUUCUUUGUGAAUCAUUGCUGCAAGGUUUGGAAUCAUGACUAUCUUGAAGGGUUUUCCGGUGUACAUCAUAACAUCGGUUCAUGUUAGACAAGUCAGUGAUAUUUUUAUGGAAAUAUGAAAUCGGAGUUGACUAGAAGGAUUGGCACACAAGUUAUGAAUUGAGACUCUUCAUAGUAUGAGUACAAUCUAGUCUUCCUCUGGAAACAUUGAACUAUGUUUGUUACCUAGCACAGGAUUUUCCAAAACAAAAGCCAUAUCUGUGUUCCAGUGUUUCUGAAUUGUGAUAGCCAUAAAGCCCAUUUUUCUCAAAUUUGGAAUCUAUCGGCCCAAUUGCUGUCCCCUCUCAGUUUCAGCUUACUCCAAGCGAAUUUCAAACGGAACUCCCGAAAGCAGUUUUGGAGCUCUCAAACACAAAAUACAAAACCCUUCGUCCCGAGAGCGAGCCAGCGCAUCAUCGUCACACCAUGCCUGCCUGCUUAAACCCUACUACUGCUAUUCUUCACAACCCCUUCGGCUCGUUGGCUACUACAGAAACACCAGAUGAAGCUUCCCCUCGCUCUCUAGAUACCUGCAAAUGAAGCUCCUCGUCUUCCGGGCGCUUGUCACGCUUCUCCUCUUAGCAAUGCUAUUUUCAUUCCGCAGUCUAUCCCACGUCCGCUUUCGGAGCAGCGACCCUCCCUGGUUCACCUCACACCCUCUGCUUCUCAACAGCUACAAUCAUAUUCGUUUUGUAGUCCCUCAUUUGCCCAAUGUGUCUUCAAUCUCCUGCCCGUGUAAUUGGGUCACUGGGUUUCUCUGUAUCCUAAGAUUGCCGUUUGCCACUAGGACAAUCUCUACAAACUCUGAUGUUGUCAUCGGAGAGCUGGACAGGGAUUCAAUAAGUAAAAUUGUUCAGCAAGGCUGUUGGGAUGAUCCCAGAAUGGUAGGCUUCGUUGGUUCUUCUUCCUCUUUGGCUCCGUUAUGGGUUUCCAGGGUUCUGUUGGUGUUACGGCAUGACCCGCGAUUGGCAUUGAAAUUCUUCCGCUGGGCGAAAACCCUCAUUGGGUUUCGCCACACAACGGAAUCCUACUCUUUGUUGGUGCACAUUUUGUUCUACGGUAGAAUGUAUUUCGAUGCCAGUGGCAUUCUUAAGGAGUUGAUCUUAGCAGGCAGGAGUUUGCCAGGUUUUGAUGUGUUUGAAGUUUUGUGGUCGACGAGGAAUGUUUGUGUCUCAGGGUAUGGAGUUUUUGAUGCGCUUUUUAGUGUGUAUAUAGAACUAGGGAUGCUUGAUAAAGCUGAUCAUUGCUUUUCGAGGAUGAGAAGUUGUAGAGUGUUGCCUAAAGCACGAUCGUGUAAUGCACUUCUGCAUAGGCUAGCAAAGGAGGGGAAGAAGGAGGAUGGUGCUAUAAGGAACUUCUUUCGGAAUAUGGUUAGUGCUGGAAUUUCUCCCUCUGUGUUUACUUACAACAUCAUGAUAGACCAUAUGUGCAAAGAAGGGGAUACUGAAGCUGCUAAAAGUUUGUUUGAGGAAAUGAAGCACAAGGGUUUGAUGCCGGAUGUUGUAACUUACAAUUCGCUUAUUGACGGAUAUGGGAAAUUGGGCUUUUUGGAGAAUUCAGUGGGAUUAUUUAAGGAAAUGGAGCAAGCAGGUUGUGAACCUGAUGUAGUAACCUACAAUGCAUUGAUUAAUUGUUUUUGUAAAUUCGAUAGGAUGGCUAGAGCUUUUCUGUUUUUCUCUGAGAUGAAGCAUAAUGGAGUCAGACCUAAUGUCAUAACUUACAGCACACUGGUUGAUGCAUUGUGCAAGGAAGGAAUGAUGCAACAGGCCAUUAAAUUUUUUAUAGACAUGAAACGCCUCGGUUAUUCUCCCAAUGAGUACACUUAUACUUCUCUUAUUGAUGCAAAGUGUAAAGCUGGAAAUUUGAGUGAAGCAUUGAAGCUGGCCAACGAGAUGCUCUGGACAAUAAGUUCUAAAUUGAACAUUGUUACAUACACAGCUUUAUUAGAUGGCCUUUGUAAAGGAGGGAGGAUUACAGAAGCAGAAGAACUUAUCACUGGGAUGCUGAAAGCUGCAGUAGCUCCUAACCUGAAAACUUACACUGCUCUUGCUCGUGGAUAUCUUAAAGGUAAGAGCAAGGAAGAUUAUGUUGAAUUUUUGAAGCAAAUAAAGAUGAAAGGGUUUCAGCCUGACUUGAUGCUUUAUGGGACCAUCAUCUGGGGGCUUUGCACUGAAAGGAAUUUUGAAGAAUGCAAGCUUGUUAUGCUUGAGAUGAAACAGAGAGGUAUAGGUGCAAACCCUGUCAUAUACACAACACUCGUUGAUGCUUAUUUCAAAGCUGGAAUGACCGCGGAGGCACUCAAUCUUGUACGGGAAAUGUGGGACUCGGGUGUUGAGGUUACAGUUGUAACUUUUUGUGUAUUAAUUGAUGGGCUGUGCAAGAAGGGUAUGGUUCAAGAGGCAAUUGAUUACUUUACUACAAUGCCCGAGUAUGGUCUGCAACCUAAUGUAGCAGUCUACACUGCCUUGAUGGACGGUCUUUGUAAAAAUAAUUUCAUAGAAGCAUCUGUGACCCUGUUCAAUGAAAUGCAGGAGAAACAUAUGAUUCCCGAUAAGACAGCUUACACUACUCUAAUAGAUGGGUAUCUGAAGCAUAGUAGCUUGCAAGAAGCAUUAAAUACAAGAAACAAGAUGGUCGAGCUAGACCGGAUGCUUUGUGAUAGCCUACUAAAGAAGUAUUAUGAGCAAGGCCAUACUGCCGAAGCGAGUGAAUUGCUAAAUGAUUUGGCGAAGAAGGGUCUGAUAGAUGGCAGUUACGACUGUGUUCUUCCUAAAGUCUGAGAUGGGUCCUAUUCUCCACAUCAAGACACUGAAAAACACUUGAAUAGAAUGGAUACUGAUUAGGUCCUUCAGGAAAAUAACCGAUUGAUACAUGAAAGUGUGGUUGUCAGAUGACUGACUUACUCGCCCAUUGUGCUUUUCCUGGAUCAACUUCAGAAGUACUUUGCUGUAAGUCUUACUCUCAUUUUUCUGCUCUUUUUAUUUGUUGAUGUCCGUUUCUUACUGCCCGCUGUAACUUCGUGAAGCUGAACCAAACUUGCAAUUGACUGACUGUGCAUUCUUGCUCCAUUGUAUUUGUCAUCAUGUAGCCCACUUGCAAUUCUUGCUGCAAAGCAUUUACGCAAGUGCUGGAUUCAAUGUGCUCCAAGAAGCAAAGCACUUCAUUGGCAAGUCACAAAAGUGAAUACGAUUGAAUCUCCAGAGCUGAAUGUGUAUUCCUGAAAUGGUUCGUGAGUUGACUACUGCCAUGAUUACAGUUCACUUUGCUUCAUUAUCUUCUUAGCUGAUAAAAUGGCGUUAGGUUCCCUAAGUACUGGAAGGCUGUUCUGCUACCCUGUCCCUUAACCUUGACAAAAGGCUGCUUCAGCAGGAUUUGGUGUAUUUUGAAGACAUGGUGCACAAGCUUCUGGAUUGCAUACUUUUGCCGGCUUCGUUACUGCUUUUUAUCUUCUCAGGUUCCUUUCUUCUCCCUGUUUCAUUCUCUAGCUUUUGCCUUAGCUUUUUCUCAACAAUAAAGAACAAGCACUGGCUCACUGUAGAAGGAUGUGGAGAAGGAUCGACUUCCUGCGCACCGUGCUUGAAUUGGGUUACAAUUUCGUCUUCACGGUAAAUCAUUCGCAUCCGGCUCCCUCCAUUUCUGUUUAUAAUUCUCUGUAGCUAAGCCAAUUGUGUGUAAUGAAUGCUUUCAACAUCCAGGAUACAGAUAUAAUGUGGUUUAGGGAUCCAUUUCCACGGUUUUAUCCAGAUGCGGACUUCCAGAUUGCGUGUGAUCAGUAUUCAGGGGAUAGUGUUGGUUUAGGAAACAUAGUCAAUGGAGGGUUUAGUUAUGUGAAGGCUAAUAAUCGUUCCAUAAGAGUUUUACAAGUUCUGGCACUCGUCGCGUGACACUUACCAUGAUCAAGAUGUGCUGAAUUUUCAAGAAAGAUGAGUAUGUCAAGGACCUUGGGUUGAAGAUGAGAUUCCUGGACACUGCUUAUUUCGGUGGACUUUGUGAGCCGAGCAAAGAUUUAAACUUGGUUUGCACCAUGCAUGUGAAUUGCUGUUUGGGUUUGGAAAACAAGAUGAAUGAUCUCAAAGUGAUGCUUGCUGACUGGAGGAACUUUUUGAGCUUACCACCUAUGCUGAAAAGAGAAUUGCGCAUCCAAUGGAGGGUGCCACAGAACUGCAGGUGGGAUAUAUAUGUUUGCUGCAUUGCUAGGAAUUAAUUUUUGAGCUUGCAUUUCUUUGAUUCGCCACAUAUUUAAGGUCUAUGGAUUCUGUGCUGUUGUAUAAUGUUGUUUGGCGGUUAUUUUUCCAGUAUUGAUGCUGUCCUUGCGCAUGAUUCUCUACGAAACCAUGUCGAAGAAGAUGAAGGGACGAAUAACAGCGUUUCAAGGACACAUCGGUGAAGUCUCAGGAGCCGGAACUGCCUCCCUCCCUCGGCCAGGUUUAUGUUAAGGACCUUUGGUUGGGAAACGAAAUCGGACAACUUUUGUAUUUUGUUUGAUGGUAAGAGCCAACAUGUUCCUUCAUGAUUUAGAUUUUAGAUAACUAGCUAGUGCCCGGCCUUUGGAUGUUCUAAAUUUUUUUAAGUUAGGGUUGGGUUUUAACUCAUUCCUCUAGUAUGAAAUUUUGGAGUUUUUAUCCUUAUUCAUAUCUAACUAUUUUGGGUGUUCUGCAUUUCUUAGGCAAGUGCUAAGGUCUCAAUUGCAAGUGUCCAAUUUAUGAGACUCAAACUAUUAAUUAGUCAAUAACUUAUUGCCUGCAACAGGUUUCCGUAUAUUUACCUCACUCCUCACAAGUAACCAAAGUUAAUUUCCUUAUAUCUUAAUAUAUGUCACCUACUAAAGUUAUCAUGUUAGC